UUUCCUUCCUUCCUUCCUCCUCCAAUGUUGUUAAUUGAGCUCUUUGGAUUCUCUCCGAGGGAUUGAAUGGCUUGUCAUCGAGUCUGCCUUAAACCCUAUCUUUUUUAUAAUAUAUGCAUCGUUUGAAUUCCUCCUUUUGUAUAAUCAACUGAAUUCUCCCAUCGACUUUUUGAUCCAUCUCUGGCGCUUAGAAUCGCCAAGUUGCACCUCACAAGUAAACAUUUAUUUACCCCCUCCCCUUCCCUCCAUAAAACUGACACUUGUGCAUUUAGAACCCCAAAAAAGAAUUCUGAAUAUUUUUUUAUUGCUUAUGCAUUCACCAUCUUCCUUUUGCUUGUACUUGGGAUGACAUAGCUCCAUUCUUAUUCAUCAUCAACUCGCCUUUCUUUCCAUCCGGAUUCCUGUCCCGGAGAGUCUCGGCCCCCCUAAUUUAUUCUCUCCUGGUCCAUCUCUCUUCCGGUUUUGUUUUUUUUCUUGAUGAUUUUGAUCAGAUCUCCGUCUGUCUGAGGUCAUCUGGUUUGAAAUUUUCAUCCCACUGAGCCGUUCUACUUCAGCUGAGCUACAUAGCUCCUAUCCACAUAAAUAAAUAUCUACUCAUCUCUUUCGCUCAUCUUUCAUCCAGCCAUCUAAAUAUCUAGCUCCUCUCUUGUCUUGCCCACUGAUUUCUAAAGACGUUGCUUGAGCAUCCCAUCUGACCGGCGCCGCAUCAUUCUACCCUCCAAUCUAACAGGUUUCCAGACCGCCAGCCAAACUCCAGUUUCAGCUGCCCCUCGUCGUAGCCGUGUUACUCUAUCCACCGGGAGCAGUACCAGCUCUUCAUCCGAAGAACUUACCGGCCCUAGCAUCGAUAUUCACAAUCUUAAUCAGCAUCUACUCAUCUUGUCGCCGUCGGCUCCACGCUCUGCUUCAUCCUCUCAGCGAACCUCCCGUACCUCACAUUCAUUCGCGUAUUCAACUUCUAACCAGAUAAGCCAGGCUGAAGAUAUGAGCAGCCCAAACCCAAGCCAUUCAGUUAACGCAGCUGCUUUCCAGGGAGACUUGGGCCAAUCAGACCAAGUGAUCGAAGCAUCUGCCUCGCAGGCGCAUCCGGAAAACAAAAGACUUUCAUCCUCUGACGGCUCAGCUAGCUCCAGCCCCCCAAGCCACGACGCUUUUUCCUAUCGUACUAUCGGUCCUGCGAUCGUCUUGAGAACUUAUCAAGCUCAAGAUUCCUCCGUAGGAUCGAUCUCUACAGCUGGGACGACGCCAGAGCAAUCACCUAAGGAGUUUGAUAAACUGGUCCUGCCCCCUUUCUUCUUCUGUAGUGACUCCCUCUAUCCCGAGGCCAGUCUGGUGGACCCAAGCGCCAUGGACGCCACGGAUGGUAAUCCAACAAUGCCUCUUCUUGACAUUGAUCAACGACUGCCAGAAAGUUAUACUGAGCAGCCAUACGCAUCAGGUGCAGAUUCUACUUUACUGGACACUCAUGACAUCGUCGAGUCAUACACCUCCGUCGCCAUCAAUAGUCCCACUGAACCGAUUGAUGAAGGAGAUCCGAAUUCUGGGAACGCUGCGGAUUCUCAUGGGAGCCCACUUCUUCAAUCUGCUACUGGCAGGCAAAACACCGUAGUAUCUGCCCCUGACCUGCAAGGCACCCAAGUAUCUGCCUCCGAACUACAAGGCAUCGAAGUAUCUGCUCCUGACUUACAAAACACCGAACUCGCCUUGCGGGAUAAUCCGACUGAUUCGGUGGAGGAUUCUAGCUACUCGGAGCCAGUUCACCCAUCUGAAUUGCGUCCAAACCCAACUGCAGAAGUUGGUACCGGCUGCGCUUUGCAGGCACUUCCCCCGACACUUCCGCAGGUAGCCGCGACUGGGUGCUCCUUGAUGGAAGUCUCGGAUGACUUGAUCAGGUUUGACAAUGGGGACAGUCCUGCUGAAAAGCACCUAGGAGAUGAUUUGUCGAAGGUGACGCCUGCGGGGGAGCAGCCUGGCCCUUCAGAACUCACCUCGAGUGACACCCAGAAUGAACCAGAGGCAAGUAGCGAACCGGCCAUCGUUCAUCCAGAUGGGAAUGAGACGGCUGCCUCCACGGAUGCCCCCAAUAAAAGCUUGGUUGACUCAGUUGGCACUGCUGCCAUCGAUUCUCAGGCGGAAGCGGAAGCUACACCACAAGCAGAUGGCGAAGUGACUCCGGAAAGUAAUAUCACCCCAGCCCCCCGUCCAGCAUCGGUGUUGGAGUCAGUGAACGCGCCCGAAUUGCCACAUGAGCCUCAGGCUGAUCAAUUACCGGUGCCCACUUCAAAAACCCCCAAUGCUACGGAUACCCUCAAUAACAGUGAGCCAGCGGACUCAGCUGGCACCAUUCCCCGUGCGCCCGCCUCGGACAAUAAAGUUACCACAGUGCCGGAAGAAUUCCUGAUUGUGGCCGGACUCAAUGCGGAACAGGCACCAGCCGAUCCAAAUCCUCCACCAUCCGCCAAUGUCACCGUCGCCAGCGAUCCCAAAUCUAACAAACCCCUUGAGCCAUCCCAAGCCAGUAAUGGCCCAGCUGAAGAUUCUCCAGUUAAACCGCCCCAAACUGAUUCAUCGAAUCUCCCGACUGUAACCUUUCCCACCGCAAGCCCGGCCCAAGACAACCGCACCACUUGGUCCCUCAACCCAACAAACAGGAUGAGUUCGUCAACAGAAAUCGUCGACCCAUUGUUGCGAUCCAACAUUUUCAAUGAGUCUGUGCGCGACAAGAACUUGGCGGCAGCGGUGGAGCCGCAAGGCCCAGCGACCGAGAAAAUCAAGACCUCGUCAGUGCCGGUAUCCUCCAAGCGUACUCUUCGUGCGCGUUCGAUUUCGGGCUUCUUCAAACUACACACCAAGAAAGAUUCUGCGAAGGUAGACUCGGCUCACAGCCCGACUUCGACUUCGAUCCAAUCUUCAGACGAGGAUACUCGAUCAUUCGGGAAGAAAGGACUGCCAAAGAGGAAGUCCUUGAGCACGCUCAGACGCAAGAGCGGGCUCUCCUGGGCGACCCGAGGUUCCGAUGAACCCGUACCCCCGCUGCCUAAAGUACAAGACUCCAAAGGUUCCAAUGACCCCAGGUCUAAACAUACCAGCCAUAGUGACGAAAAGCUGGAAAUCGUCGAGUCCGUCGAAAGCAAAAAUCCGCCUGCGGUUAAUUCUAACUCUGCCCUAGCCCUUGGCCAACAGAAGCAAGAAAGUAAAUCAGAACAAUCUUUGCCCGCUGAAGGAUCCAUUCAGACAACAGCUGAAGGCAAGACGAGCAAGUCCCCACGACAGUUCAAGGUUUCGCUGGCGAAGAAAUACUUCAGAAGCGAUUCGGCUCAGGUGGAACCUACCAAUGGGCUAUCAGACACUCUGGAAGGGCCGUUCUCGUCGGUGAUUGGUGGGAUCGGCUACUCUCCCUCUGCUCCUCGGCCGAAGACGUUGAAGAAGAAGAGGACGAUGAGCACCCAUGUUUCUACCCCGGUCUUGAAAGACAUCCGAUUGGCCGGACUGUUCUCUAAAAUCCUUGGCCGCAAGAACCACACGGAUUCGAUCGUUCAGGACGUUUGAUCGACUAAGAGGACCGCCCCGCUUGUCUUGCUUUCUAUCGGGUCAUCUUGCCAUGGUCCCCAAAUCCCUACUCUUCUGUACUCUUAUGACAAAACGUAAUCUUCUUUGUUGCAUAUGUUGAAAACAAAAAAGAGAAGGAUAAUCAGGUCUUGAAGGCCUUUUUUCUCCUUGUCCCCUUUUCUCGGUAAUGCCCACCUCUUCCAUCCAAGGGAAGAAAGUCAACAACGAGACCCACAGGGGACACAAAAACUAUCUCAUCUUAAUCUAUUCAAAUAUUAUUUGUAGUUCUGGUUCUGUCAAUAUCCUCACAUAAAUUAUCUUCACUUAUCUCCAGUCUCUUUUGUAGACCUUUCCGCCAAAAAAAGAAAGAGAAAACUCGUCUUCUAUACUCUCUCUAACUUAUCUUGAAUAUAAUCAUGUCUUCUGUAGACCUUUCCAGAAAAAGAAAAUUGCACAUUUCAUACUCUGCCUGUUUAAUCAUUAUCUCUGUUUUUGAAAAAUCUUGCAAAAAUUCCGAUUUUGAAGUCUCUUAUUUUUCUCUCAGUGUCAGUGUGAGUGUGUGUCUGCUUGAUAUGCUUCUUAUGGAGCCAGCCAUGGCUUGUUUCCCCCCAGAAGACCCUUAGCGUCAGAUUUCGGUCCUGUAAUUCCCUCGUGCGAAUUUGUAGUGCAUUCGGUCAAUGUAGUUCUUGAUCCUGUUUGUGAUUGAUUUUUUCAGAAAAUGUUCAUGUUCCCCAAGCUGCACCGAGAAAAUGUGAGAGGACAUCCCCUUCUGGUGGCCUGACCCCCACGUCCCUCCAUCCAUGAUCCAUCUCUUGCUUUUCUUCAUCCUGUGCAAUCUUGAAAUCCUGUUUAGUUUCCUUCCGCUGGAGACAAUCUCACUUUUGCCGUUUUACUUGGGAGAAAAGGUCCCGUUUGAAAAGACAUUGAAAA